AAUUCGUUAGAGUGGAAUAAAAGUGUAUCUUUCGGUAUUAAUUUACUAGCUAUGUUUUUUUGUGUACGAACCUACUUUUAAAACCAGUUUUUGGAGUAAACUACAAACUAACAAGUGGAAGAAUUAUACAGAAAGUAUUGAAGUAGCUGCGAAGGCUUUAGUGGCACGUAAUAUAAUUUAUAUACCUGCAAAAAAAUAUUUUUUGGGAAUAUAUAGUAUUUUAUAAAAAGUGGUUAAUACAAUGAAAACAUCUGAUCGAAUUAAAUUCAAGUUAAAGAACAAUGCUGAAAAUAUUAAACCUCCAAAAAAAGAUAAAGUAAACAAAUGGAUAACAUUUGGAACAAUUAUAACUUUGACUAUUUGCACGCGUUACUACAAGGUGACAGAACCAGACCAUGUUUGCUGGGAUGAAACACAUUUUGGAAAGAUGGGUAGCUGGUAUAUUAAUAGAACAUUUUUCUUUGACGUUCAUCCACCAUUGGGAAAGAUGCGUCCAAAAGGUUGGACACAAGCUGAAAUUGAAGAGGUCUGAGGAUGAGGAAAUGGAAAGAGAAGAGGAAGAAGAAGGUGAAAAUGUGGAAGAAUUGAUCGAAAUAACGUUACAAAACAUUGAAAAAAAUCAAGGGGUCGAAGUUGGUUUAAUCGAAGAAUUAUUUGGUACAGAAGAAAACGCRGAACAAAACGAAAAUAUUGAAACUGUACAAGAGGUGGUAGAGAAAUUUGAUUUUGAGUUGGAGCAGCACAGAGCUUUUAGAAUGCGAUGUCACUUGGAAAAGUGCAUUAUGCUGCAAUCAGGUGAAACAACCUUUGGAAUAUUUUACAGAGUUCUUUGUGGAUGAGCUGUUGGAAAAAAUCUGAGACGAAACGAAUUUAUAUGCGUUGCAAAGAAAAAGGCACCGAAUUGAAAUGUACUGUGGAAGAAGUGAAAAAGUUUGUUGGCAUUUUACUAUACUUGGCAGUGGUGAAAAUACCAACGCAUAGAACGGCAUGGGCUCAAAAUUUCAAACUAGCGGCCGUUGCAAAUGSUUUGCCCAGAAGCCGAUUUGAAAAAAUUAAACAGUUUUUCCAUCUAAACAAUAGCAAUUUGCAGCCUAAGAAGGGCCAACCAGAUUAUGACAAAUUAUACAAAGUGCGCCCUUUGUUUGACUUCAUAAACAAGAAAUUCAGCGAAAUUCUGCAGGAAGAAUAUCAGAGCAUUGAUGAACAAAUGAUUGCAUUCAAAGGUCAACAUAGUUUGAAGCAAUAUCAGCCAAUGAAGCCCCUCAAGUGGGGUUUCAAAAUGUUUACUAGAGCUGGUGGAUCUGGAAUUAUUUAUGAUUUCACCCUUUACAUUGGAGAGGGAACGUGUCUUUUGGAUUAGGCAUAUCAUCGGAUAUUGCUCUACACUUGUCCUCCAAUAUUCCUAGAAACCAAAAUUUCAAGCUAUUUUUUGAAAACUGGUUCACUUCAAUUAGCUUCAUGAUUGCUCUUAGACCAAAAGGAAUAUUAGCCGUUAGUACAGUCCGAAGCAACAGGUUGACAAAUUGCGCUCUAAGAAGUGAUAAGGAGCUACAAAAACAAGGAUGCGGAUCAAGCGACUUUCAAUUCGAAGAAACGAACAACUUAAUUGCCUGUCGUUGGUACGACAAUAAAGGUGUGCAAUUAGUGUCAAACUAUGCAGGUAAAAACCCCGUGAGUGAGUGCAAGAGAUGGUGCCGAAAAGACAAGAAAUAUGUAAGUAUCCSUCGUCCAGGUAUAGUAGAUUGCUACAACAAACACAUGGGAGGGGUUGAUCUUGCUGACGUGCUGUUGGAAUUGUACAGAAUCAACCACCGUUCGAAUAAAUGGUACACGUACUUAGUGUACUGGUGUAUAAAUUCCGCUGUAGUCAAUAGCUGGCUGCUAUACCGUAGAGACCUGGAAAAUACGAACGGCGAGUUGAAGCAUAUGUCUCUUAUAAAAUUUCAGUUGGAUAUUGCGAUUGAACUUUUGAAUGCAAGUCAAACAGCAGUUGUACCAAGGAAAAGAGGACGCCCUUUACUUCUUGCAACAAUGAGCUUAACUACUUCAUCACCUAUGUCAUCGUCUCAGUCCUCGCCGGCUCCUUCAAUGGCCUCUGAAGAAACCCCAUCUACAAGAGCGUAUGUUGCAGAACCUUCAAGAGCAACGCGAUACGUCUAAUCACUGGGUGCAAUGGGGAUCAAAAGGCCGAUGCAGGCUAUGCCACACUGGAUUUCCCAGAUCUAAAUGUAGCAAAUGCAACGUUUACUUGUGCUGCAAUCCACAAAAAAAUUGCUUCGUAUCAUACCAUACAUAAUUUGYAAUGUGUUUGUGUCCUAUCAUACACAAUUUUCAAUAAAAGAAGCCAAUUAGAAAAAACAAAAUAAUUAUUAUACACUGUUGCCCAAUGUUGCCUAUAGACAACAUCCUGUAACUCCCAAACCAGGACACCUAGGACUAUGAAAUUUUGAUCAGUUCAUAUUCAUGUCGCGAUUAAAACAUAUCAGUACUCAAAUAUUUUUUAGCCCCACCCAUUUUAAUUCGAAUAUGAGAGGGUUAACAGUAAAAAUAAUGACUAUUCACAUUUUAAAAAGCAAAAUAUUGUA